ACACACACAUCACUACUCCUUCUCCUUGUUCCACUCAUGAGUCAUGACAAAUUGAAACGAAUUUAAUUAGUUCCUACUCUUAAGACAUAUCAUAUCAUUCAUUCCCCUUUCUAAAUUUCAAACAAUGUCAAUAGCUACUUCACAUCCCUCUAUUUCUGCAAUUGCCACUGCUAUCCCUUCUUCUUCUUCUUCUUCUUCUUCUUCAAAAUCUUCAAAAUCUUGUUCUUAUUCUUCACUAUUCCAUGUUCACUUGAAAUCCUCAACCUCCAGAUGCAUGAGACGCGCAUCCUGCAGAGCCAUGGUUCAGCAAGCCGUUCAGGGAGCUCCAGCAGCGUAUGCCAAGGAAAUGGAACGCCUUUCAGCCAAAGAAUCGCUUCUUCUUGCUUUUAAAGAUGCAGGGGGUUUUGAGGCCUUAGUAUCCGGGAAGACGAGUGAUAUGCAAAAAAUUGAUGUAAAUGAAAGGAUAACUGGUCUUGAGCGACUUAAUCCCACACCUCGCCCCACAACGUCACCCUUUCUGGAAGGACGAUGGAACUUUGAGUGGUUUGGUUCUGGAAAUCCUGGGUUGUUUGCCACUAGAUUCAUAUUUGAGAAUUUUCCUUCAAGUUUGGCUAAUUUGUCAAAAAUGGAUGUCUUUUUUAAGGAUGGAAAUGCAAAGAUUACUGCAAACAUGAGAUUAUUGAACUCGAUAGAAAGCAAAGUUGUUCUCUCAACGAAGUUAUCUGUGGAGGGGCCACUUAGAAUGAAAGAGGAAUAUGUUGAAGGGGUUCUUCUGUCACCAACAGUUAUUGAAGAUGGAGUACCAGAGCAGCUUAAAGGUGCACUUGGACAGGCAGUUAAUGCUUUACAACAACUUCCUGCCCCUAUACUUGAUGCUGUUGCCAGUGGGUUGAAAGUUCCUCUAAGUGGCAGCUUUCAGAGACUCUUCAUGAUUUCUUAUCUUGAUGAGGAGAUACUAAUAAUAAGGAACACAGCUGGGAUGCCUGAAGUUUUAACGAGGCUAGAUGCACCACCAUCUUCAUUGGGAGAAUCAAUUCCAGAGUAUGAAAGCUAAGAACUCCGUACAUGGAAAGUGAAAUUUUAUUCCACUUGUUCAUGAUGGUGAGUCAACUUCCUGUACCUCUCAAGCCCCUUCGUGCCCAUGAACUGCUUCUGUUUCUUUCUCACUGAAAACCCUUUUUGGUUCUUCUAUAGAGGGUAGAAUGUGAGAAUAUGAAAGUGUCAAUUUGAAGCUGACACAAUUUCUUAAAAAUACCUUGUAUUUCAUGCUUAGCUUCACAACAAAGUGGUUCUGUAAUGUAAAACUUGAGUAACGCUACUCAUACAACCGACAGUGAAAUAAAAAUAAAAAUAAAAUAAAAUUCUGCCUGUGAUCCUUAUAGAUAUUCCACAGAGAUUCAC